GGAACAACUCCUCACUCCUCUCAACAGUAGAGGGCAGCCUUUGCUUACCCUUUCCACUGAGAGGGAGAGAGAGAGAGAGAGAAGAAGAAGAAAGGAGCCACCUUUCUCCUUUAAUUUGAAAUCAGACACAGGGGAGUCAGCAGAGAUAGAGGAGAGAUGGUGAGCACACUGUUUCCUACAGCUUUCUGCUUCUUCUUCUUCUUCUUCUUCGUCUGCUCUCCUCUAUUCCUAUUCUUCUGCAAUGCAUCUGCUGCUCUUCUGGAGAGCCUCCCGACUCUCUCGUUCGAGGAGGGGUACGCCCAGCUGUUCGGUGGUGGCAAUUUGAUCCUACUCCGCGAUGGGAAGAGGGUUCGCAUCUCCCUCGACGAGCGAACAGGUGCCGGAUUCACCUCCCAAGACCUCUAUCUCCAGGGAUUCUUCAGCGCCUCCAUCAAGCUCCCUGCGGACUACGCCGCCGGCGUCGUCGUUGCCUUCUACAUGUCGAAUGGGGAUGUAUUCCCGAAGACCCACGACGAACUGGACUUCGAGUUCUUGGGAAAUAUAAGGGGGAGGGAGUGGAGAGUUCAGACCAACGUCUAUGGAAACGGGAGCACAGCGGUCGGAAGAGAAGAGCGAUACGAGCUCUGGUUUGACCCCACCGAGGAUUUCCAUCGCUACUCCAUCCUUUGGAAUCACGAAAGAAUCACAUUCUACAUUGAUGACAUCCCGAUCAGGGAAACAGUGAGGAGUGAGGCCAUGGCGGGGUGCUUCCCCUCCAAGCCAAUGUCUUUGUAUUCCACCAUAUGGGAUGGCUCCGGUUGGGCUACUUCCGGCGGCCGCUACAAGGUCAACUACAGAUACGCCCCUUACGUCGCUGAGUUCCAAGAUUUUGUCAUCCAUGGCUGUGCAGUGAACCCCAUGGAUCAUUCUUCGGCUUGCGAGAGGCCUGAUGCGGCCAUCUACGGCUCUUCGACCAUGUCACCGGAGCAACGAGCUCAAAUGGAUGGUUUUCGCCGGAGACACAUGACCUAUUAUUACUGCUACGAUCGUGAUCGAUACCCAACCCCUCCAGCUGAGUGCAAGAUCGAUCAGAUUGAGACGAGGCAGUACUACGGACCGGAUGGUGUGAGAUACGGUGGUCAUCGGCGCCGCCGCGGGGGGCCCCGGCACAACCGUAGCUCGGUGGCACAGGCUGAUGCUGCAUUAUAAGUUCUAGUGCUUCCUCUGCUUAGAGUGAAUGGAAUUUGUGCUGUAUAGUGUGAACUAUCAUGUAGAGAAUUUUAGAUCAGAAAUUGCCAGUGGUAUUUCAUGUUCGGCCUCUGUUAUUGCUGCCCACUGUAGCUUUGGUGCCAUUGCCUUCUUGUUGAAUUAUCUCAUUUAUUCC